CAGGUGUGGCUCCCCUGGUCUUUUGCGUGGCAACUACAGUACUUCAACUCCCAUUGCAAACACAGCACUGGAAGCAAACCUCAGGUCUUAAUGCGUGAUAUUGUUUUUCAAGUAAAUGGGGGAAUGUUUAACCAAGAAGUGGAAAUGAAAAACCCAAGUUAUCUGUUUGAAUGAAAAAGUCAGUGUGAAACAGGAGGUUUCUGUUUUUUAAACCAAACUCAGUGCCAUCGACAUUCUCCUAAUAACCGGAUCAGUGCAAUGCCACACCUAACUGCAGACGCUUCUUUCAGCUCCAGACUGGAGCUGCUCGACCUCAAUGACAGCCCGGUGAACGUGGUCAGGUUGUCUUUGGAGAUGCCCAGCCCGGAGGAGCCACCGGGUGGCUCGACGGGCAAUGGAGCUCUGGAUCUGGAAUUGCCAAGCCCCACCAUUGACACUUCUCAGACUAAAGUCUUCUGCGACGGCAAGCUGGAGAGCCAGCAUGAAAUCAAAUUCGUGCCUACAGAGACAGAGGAACUCUGUGGAUGGGGUGCCCUGAAGCCUCGCUGUAUCCAGGUGUUCAACACCCCCAAGUGGGUGCUCUUCUUCCUCUGUUUUGCCUCUUUUCUGCAAGGCAUGAUCGUCAACGGCUUCAUCAACACCGUCAUCACCUCCAUCGAGCGUAGGUUUGACCUGCGGAGCUACCAGUCCGGACUGAUCGCCAGCUCCUACGACAUUGCCUGCUGCAUCUGCCUCUCCUUCGUCAGCUACUUUGGAGGAACAGGCCACAAGCCCAAGUGGUUGGGCUGGGGCGUGGUGGUGAUCGCAAUUGGGUCCCUAGUGUUCGCCAUGCCUCAUUUCACCACCGAGACCUACAAAGCAUCCAUGUCAGAGCAAGCAGGGCUGUGCUCAACCAAUCAGACAGCCCCCUGUAAUGAAAACACCUCCAGCCUCUCUAACUAUAUGUAUGUGUUCAUGCUGGGACAGUUUCUGCACGGCAUCGGGGCCACCCCUCUCUACACACUGGGGGUGACCUACCUGGACGAGAACGUCAAAUCCAGUUAUGCCCCAGUUUAUAUCGGUAUUUUCUACACAUCUGCUAUUUUUGGGCCAGCUGCUGGCUACUUGCUUGGGGGUCUUUUACUCAAAAUGUUUACAGAAUUCCAAGAAACAACGUUGACCCCGGAGGACCCCCUGUGGGUGGGGGCCUGGUGGAUCGGGUUCUUGGGGGGGGGAGCGGCUGCCCUCCUUGUUGCCGUCCCCAUCCUCGGGUAUCCACGACAGCUGCCAGGCUCUCAGCGUUAUGUGGCUAUACGAGACUCAGAAGCUUACCGAAUUAAAGACGGCAGCCAAGAAACAGACCCCCAGUUUGGAAAAUCAGUCAAGGAUAUGCCAAGGUCAAUAUUACUCCUGCUGAAAAACCCCACGUUCAUCUUCUUAUGUUUGGCUGGAGCCACUGAAGCCAAUCUCGUUUCUGGGAUGUCAACGUUCGGACCCAAGUUCCUGGAGUCCCAGUUUAAUCUAAGCUCUUCUGAGGCUGCCACCAUCUUUGGUUACAUGGUGGUGCCAGCAGGGGGAGGGGGCACGUUCAUGGGUGGAUACAUUAUAAAGAAGCUGAAUCUUCGCUGUAGAGGAAUCAUAAAGUUCUGUCUGCUGUGUGCAGUCGUUAGUCUGCUGGCCAUAUUCAUAUUCCUCAUCCACUGUCCCAACGUGCCCAUGGCUGGAGUCACAGACCCAUACUUAGGGGGUCCUGUCUCUGACGGGCCCCUGAACCUCACAGCUUUCUGUAACUCCGAGUGUAACUGCGUCAGGGAGUUCUAUAACCCUGUGUGUGGAGAUGACGGCUACAUGUACUAUUCCCCCUGCCACGCGGGCUGCAGCACCGUCGACCAGAUGCUCACCCAAGCUGGCAAAAAGGUGUACUAUGACUGCAGCUGUGUGUUCAGGAACCUCUCCUCUUCUGUGCCAGGAGGAGCCGUCUCGGGGAAGUGCAGCUCCUCCUGUCAGCACAUGCCCUUAUUCAUGGUCUUCUUUUUCGUCGUCAUGAUCUUCACUUUACUCAGCAGCAUCCCAGCUCUCACGGCCACCUUGAGGUGCGUUCCAGAUAAACAGAAAUCAUUCGCCCUGGGAAUUCAGUGGAUCAUUAUCCGCGCACUAGGUGCAAUCCCAGGUCCGAUUGCCUUCGGUUCAGUCAUUGAUAACUCCUGCAUGUUGUGGCAAGACCAAUGUGGGGAACAAGGAUCCUGCUAUCUCUACCAGAACUCUACCAUGGGCGUGUACACACUGAUAGCUGGGGUCAUAUACAAGGUUUUGGGAUCGUUCUUCUUCUUCAUGGCCCUCAUGCUUUACAAGCCCCCCGAGUCUCCACCGAGCAGCUCUAGAAACACCGACAGUGGGGAAGCAGGGGAGAGUGACCCCCCGGUAAAGGACAGUCCUCCAGAGAUCCUGUGCACUGUAAAUACCAAGCUGUGAACCCCCUCCUCUCAUUCACCUCCACUCCCACUCUGCAUGUCAUGAGUUGGUGGCGUGCCAUCAUUCCACAAGUGCAUAACUGGUGAUACAACUGAAUAAUUUAUCCAGGAGGAGUUUUCAACAACACUAUAUGAAAGUCUUUCAAACGUAUUCUACACUGUGUAAAUACAGCACAGGUGCACUCCACUUAUAACUGAUCCUGUUAGAACCCUUUACAACGUAUUGAGGAGGCCAAGCAUCACGAGUUUUAAUGGGGGUUUACUCAGGUUAAAACAGACUUGUUUAUAACGUACAUACUGUUUAAUACAUAUAGUUUUCCUAUUCCAUAUGCAUGGAACAACAAUUCCAGUUUUGCAUUAGACUAUUUACAUUUCUAUUUUGGUUUUUACUUCCUUUAAAGACUCCAGGUACUCCAAUAUGCACAGAACAAUACCAUCUGUAUUUGAUGCAGUUGCACUUUUGAAAAUAUUUCUUUUACACCUAAUUCCAGGUGACUUCAUGUAAGUUAAUUAUUUUCCAAAGUCUUUUCAGGGGUGUUUAUAUUGCCUGGUGUUUUCCUAGGUCCGCAUGUGAGUGUGUAAUAGCAUUCCAUUAGAGUUCCGCUUUCCAGACUUGCAUAAAAACCUAGCAGGUUACAAAAACAUGAGAAAGAAGUCACUCAAAUCUUUUAAGAAUGAGACAGAGAAAGUUUGACACUACACCACUCCUGCAGCACAUGCACUGCUAAGGACACAGAGCUGCAUCUUCUUACCCUAGCCAUGACUUUAUAACACUGUUCUCUGGCUGUGAUGACAGGUCUGGAUGCAUUUCAGAAUGCUAGAUAAAAUGAACUGCGUUUUGCCCAAUAUGUACAGCACAGAGUGAAGAGAAAAGUUCUUGAAAAUUGGUUUGAAGAGUUGGUACUGUUUUGUUUUUUUGUUUUGUUUUGUUUUGUUUUUUUAAAUUGUAUUUCUUUAGACUAACAGUUCUAAUCAAACACAAUCUUUAAAGACCUCAGAAGUCUCUUCCUCAAUGGAAAUAUAAUGAAACAAUACAAUUGCGAUCAUACAGAAAAAAGCAUUCCAUUCCUAUGGUAACUGAAUGAAAGCAGUUACCAUGACGACAGAAGCACUGAGAUGAACUGAAGUAGUAACUGAGCAUCACUAACAUAGGUUCCAAUGUGAUCGUGACGUAGGAACAGUUCCCAUUACAUAGUGGGUCAGACAGCACUUUUCACUAAAUCUCAGAUUCACAGGUUUAGAAUAACAGAGUCAAUAUCAUGGUAAUACCCAUUCAAAUGCUUUAAAAGAAACCGGAUCAAAAUCAGACGGAAAACAAUGUAUAUUUAAAACAAUAUGUUGCAAAAAAAAAAAAAAAAAAAAAUGAAAUACUAUAUUGUGGUAAUUAACCUCUGCAUAGCAAAAAAAUGUGUAAGUAAAACUACUUAUUUUAACCAAUAAAUGAAACUGUUAUUUUAACUGAAAGACAGAAGUAGGAAUCUGCCAAUAAUAAAUCGAUAUCUCUUGAAUCAGUUAGCUAAAAACUGUAUUGCGGUAAAACAUUUAAAAAAAAAUAGCUAUAACUAGGGAGUUUGGGGGGAAAUGCAUGUUUGAUCGACAUCAAAUCAGAAAUGUUCAGUGGAGAGUAAUAAUGGGGAGAGCACUGAUGUGUGUUUUACAGAGCUGUGGGUAAAUUGCUGGCCAGCUUGAAGGAGGAUUAACUUGAGCCACAAAAGAAGCAGCUUGUAUUGGGAAAACAGUAUUGCACAUUCAAAUUUUUAUUUUAUAUUAAUUGUAAGAUAUUAAUGUUUUGUACUAAAUGUAAAAUGCUUUACUAUAUGAUUUUGUAUGUGAGUUUUUAAUAAAUCAGACUAAACCAUCGAUAUGCACAACACAAGUCUUGCUUGGCAGUUUUAUUUUUUUAGAAAACCCUUUCUUAUGUGUUCAUUGCUGGAGUUCAUGCUAAUCUGUGGCUGUUGGAGAAGCAGCAGGGGGAAUGUUAAUAGUCAGCGACAGGGUGGAGGCUGUUGCCAGUUCACUUAGCAACCAAAAGUUAAUUUCACCAAAUCCUUUCAGAUAAUACCCACACCACCCCUCCGAACACCACAAUCCCACUUACCAUUGCAACUGGAAACAUUACAGCAGCAUGAAAUAUCCCAUCAUUCAUAUUGUUUGCAGUGUAUUGUGGAAGUCUUUGUUUUCGUCUGAAUCUCAUGCUGUUUCAAUGCAUAUCUCUUCUCUCUCUUUUUUCCUGCUGU